CAAAGAAAAAUACAUUGAGAGAAAGAAAAUAUGGAGAUCGUCACAGUAUCACUUGUAGCAGUUGCGAUCACUACUUUCUUAUACUUAAUUUUCAGAGAUUCAAGUCCUAAAGGUUUGCCACCAGGUCCAAAACCAUGGCCAAUAGUUGGAAACCUUCUUCAACUUGGUGAGAAACCUCAUUCUCAGUUUGCUCAGCUUGCUGAAACCUAUGGUGAUCUCUUUUCACUGAAACUAGGAUCUGAAACAGUUGUUAUAGCUUCAACCCCAUUAGCAGCUAGUGAGAUUCUAAAGACGCAUGAUCGCGUUCUCUCUGGUCGUUACGUGUUUCAAAGUUUCCGGGUAAAAGAACAUGUGGAGAACUCUAUUGUGUGGUCUGAAUGUAAUGAUACAUGGAAGAAAUUGCGAAAAGUUUGUAGAACGGAACUUUUUACGCAGAAGAUGAUUGAAAGUCAAGCUGACAUUAGAGAAAGUAAGGCUAUGGAAAUGGUGAAAUAUUUGAAGAAAAAUGAAGGAAAUGAAGUGAAAAUUGUUGAAGUUGUAUUUGGGACAUUGGUGAAUAUAUUUGGUAACUUGAUAUUUUCACAGAAUAUAUUCAAGUUGGGUGAUGAAAGUAGUGGAAGUGUAGAAAUGAAAGAGCAUCUAUGGAGAAUGCUGGAACUGGGGAACUCGACAAAUCCAGCUGAUUAUUUUCCAUUUUUGGGUAGAUUUGAUUUGUUUGGGCAAAGAAAAGAUGUUGCUGAUUGUCUGCAAGGGAUUUAUAGUGUUUGGGGUGCAAUGCUCAAAGAAAGAAAAAUACCCAAGCUGCAUAACAACAGCAAGAAGAAUGAUUUUGUUGAGAUUUUGCUCGAUUCCGGACUCGAUGACCAACAGAUCAAUGCCUUGCUCAUGGAAAUAUUUGGUGCGGGAACAGAGACAAGUGCAUCUACAAUAGAAUGGGCGUUAUCUGAGCUCACAAAAAACCCUGACGUAACAGCCAAUAUGCGGUCGGAAUUGUUAUCUGUGGUAGGGAAGAGGCCGGUUAAGGAAUCCGACAUACCGAACAUGCCAUAUCUUCAAGCUUUUGUUAAAGAAACUCUACGGCUUCAUCCAGCAACUCCGCUGCUGCUCCCUCGCCGAGCACUUGAAACGUGCAAAGUUUUGAACUAUAUUAUCCCGAAAGAGUGUCAAAUUAUGGUGAACGCCUGGGGUAUUGGUAGGGAUCCAAAAAGGUGGACUGAUCCGUUGAAGUUUUCACCAGAGAGGUUCUUGAAUUCGAGCAUUGAUUUCAAAGGGAACGACUUCGAGUUGAUACCAUUUGGUGCAGGGAGAAGGAUAUGUCCUGGUGUGCCCUUGGCAACUCAAUUUAUUAGUCUUAUUGUGCCUACUUUGGUACAGAAUUUUGAUUGGGGAUUACCAAAGGGAAUGGAUCCUAGCCAACUGAUCAUGGAAGAGAAAUUUGGGUUGACACUGCAGAAGGAACCACCUUUGUAUAUUGUUCCUAAAACUCGGGAUUAAUCUCAACGAAGAAAUCUUAAAUUCAUAUGAUUAUCGCUACUUUAUUCGGGUAAAAAAGAAAGAAACAAAAAAUGUCUUUUAGUAUGAUGCAAUUACCUUUUCACUAGAUAACAAAAAUUCUGGUAUCAUCUUUACAAUGUUGAAAUUACAUUUCACUUUUCUGCUUGCUUA